AUCAAUUUGACCCAUUCAAGUAAAUAAAUAGGAGGUUCUCAUUACAUAACAGCAAUUCACAGUAACAUGGAGGCACUGCAUCGGUCUCAUGCGACUUUUCACAAUAUGCUUUGAGAGUUCGGUGAGAACACAAUGAGCUCAAAAGAGCCAAAACAUUAUCCACAGCUGUCACUUUAGAAAUAUCUGCACUUUAUACACAUUUCAUAAUAUUUGUUUUGUUUUAUUUUUGAACAGUCUCAACCAAGUAUGAGCAAGUACGAACAAUACGCCUUAACAGACACCAUUAAAAAUAUGAUUUAUGUUUUAAAGGUGCCUCUUUACAGACUCGAGGGUGGAAUCAUGUUUGAAUAAACAAAAAACCAAAAAUAAAAGUUCCAAAAGGCCCCCCCCCCCCAUCAAAGCCACAGAAGAGCCAUUUUUGGUUUCCCAAAGAACCUAUCAGUGAACAGUUCUUAAAAGAACCAUUUUUUCCUAGUGUAAGAACAUUUUUACAAUCUAAAGAAUCUUUUGUCCACUGGAAAAGUUCCAUGGAUGUUAAAGGUCCUUUACGGAACCAUCAAUGCCAAUCAACUGAUUUUUAAGAGUGUAUCAAUAGUGAUGACCAUUAUUUCUGUGCCAGGGGGAGGGGAAAGGGGCGGAGCCAAACAAGAACAACACCAUUACCACAAACUAGAGAGAGAGAGAGAGAGAGAGAGAGAGAGAGAGAGAGAGAGAGAGAGAGAGAGAGAGAGAGAGAGAGAGAGAGAGAGAGAGAGACAGCAGAGUGUUCCCUGUGUUCAGUGGUGAUGAGUGGAAGUUAAGGACGUCUCUCUCUCUCUAAAUCAAUGUGUCACUCAAAGUGAACAUUUAACAGCAAGCAGCCACGGGAUCAUUUGGACAGAGACUCCAGCAGGACAUGCAGACACAUGCUGGGACACACCGAGUGAACUUAAACCACACUUAAAGAACAAUUUACACCAGGACACAAAAUGAGACUGUCACCCAUCAUCCUAUGACAGGAGAGACGCCGGGGGGACGGACAACAAGAGAGAGGGACAGAAUAAGGACAGAAAGGACAGUAGUGGAUCUGUGAUGACUUUCACUUCAGGGACGACAACAUCCAACCUGCCUGGAGAGAGAUUAAAAGGAUAAAGCAAAGAGAAAGAGAGAAAGAGCCAGGAACAUCAGCGCACUAUCCUGCACAAAGACACAUCUCAGAGAGCCAUGGCCGUCCUCACUUUGAAGCGCUUUCUUCUGGCCCUGCUGACCAUCACCCUGUCCAGACUGGACUCUGCUUCGCCUGGGUUCGCAGAGGAGUUUGAAAGCCGAGAUGACGUUCUCGAAAGAGAGUUUAUGUACGCAAGUCGUCCCAAGCGCUCCCCCGACCCUCCCAGCACCUCAGACCCUGACAAAUGCUCCUAUACCUUCAUCGUGCCCCAGCGCAAGACCACGGGCGCCAUCUGCGUGAACUCUAAAGAGCCGGAAGCCCUGCUGGAGAACCGCGUGAACAAGCAGGAGCUGGAGCUGCUGAACGGAGAGCUGCACAAGCAGCGGCGGCAGAUCGAGACGCUGCAGCAGCUGGUGGAGGUGGAUGGCGGCGUGGUCAACGAGGUCAAGCUGCUUCGCAAGGAGUCGCGCAACAUGAACGCCCGGGUCACGCAGCUCUACAUGCAGCUGCUGCACGAGAUCAUCCGCAAGAGAGACAAUGCGCUGGAGGUUUCUCAGUUGGAGAACCGCGUGCUGAAUCACACAUCAGAGAUGCAGCAGUUAACCGCACGCUAUCGGGAUCUGGAGCACAAAUAUCAGCACCUCGCAUCGCUUACCAGCAAUCAAAGCGCCCUUAUAGUGCAGCUAGAAGAGCAAUGCAGGAGAGGAGGCUUUGUUGGUAUUGGUGGAGGUGGUGCUGGUGCUGGUGUUGGUCUUGGUCUUGGUCUUGGUGCUGGAGGUGGAGGUGGAGGUGCAGGCGGUGUUGGUGUUGUUCGACAAACGCGACCUUACCAGCCGCCUGCAAUCCUCCCACAGCCACCACAACAUCGCCAACCACCUCCGCCUCCGGUCCACCACUCCCCCGCCAGGCCUUUCCACCCGCCGACCUACACCCGCCACAACAGCCAGAUCACCAAUGAAAUCCAGAGCGACCAAAACGUCAAAGCAAUGCCACCGACUUUACCGACGGUGGCCCCUGAAACACACAGCUUCUCAACAGAUAAACCCUCAGGGCCGUUCAAAGACUGUUUGCAGGCUCUAGAGGAAGGCCACGCCAACAGCGGCAUGUAUCUGGUGAAGCCGGAAAACACCAACAAACUGAUGCAGGUCUGGUGUGACCAGAGACACGACCCCGGCGGCUGGACCGUCAUACAGCGACGCAUGGACGGAUCGGUCAACUUCUUCCGAAACUGGGAGACGUAUAAGCAAGGAUUUGGGAACAUCGAUGGUGAAUACUGGCUUGGUUUGGAGAACAUCUACUGGCUGACCAAUCAGGGCAACUAUAAGCUGCUGGUGACGCUGGAGGACUGGUCUGGCAAGAAGACGUUUGCAGAAUACGCCAGUUUCCGCUUGGAGACGGAGGCGGAUUUCUACAGGCUGCGGGUGGGCCGUUAUCAUGGAAACGCAGGGGAUUCGCUCACCUGGCACAACGGGAAACAGUUCACCACCCUGGACAGAGAUCACGAUGCGUACACAGGAAACUGUGCCCACUAUCAGAAGGGUGGCUGGUGGUACAACGCCUGCGCCCACUCCAACCUGAACGGCGUGUGGUACCGCGGUGGCCAUUACCGCAGCCGCUACCAGGAUGGAGUUUACUGGGCUGAGUUCCGCGGAGGAUCGUAUUCCUUGAAGAAGGUCACUAUGAUGAUCCGACCGAAUCCAAACACUUUCCAUUAGAACGUCACGUGAAGGAAAACGCAAGUCUAAUGCGUCAUAACUCAACAACAAAACAAACCAAAAAAACGCUGUAAAAAGUGCAAUGUUAAUGUUUUUUUGUUGUUAAUUAUUGAUUGUUUACUUUGUUACAAAUUCAUAAUAUGCAAUCAUACAUAUGCAAAUCCAGAAAUAAGAAAGUGCAAUCAUUUCAUGAAGGAGACAACUCACGUCGUCUUGGGAUUCUUCCCAAUGGUGUCCAGGCAAUGUGGACACUGAAGACCAAGUGAAAAUACUAGAAAAACUUCAGUCAGACAAACCUGGCAACUCAGGUUCCACAUGAUUUGGAAGCUGAACAGCAUCGUGUGCAUCCUUACAAGAGUGCUUAAAAUGGUCUGUAUGUUUAUGUGACCUGAUCUUAACAGGCAUCCGGUCAACUUAUUCUCACUGCAAGAAGUCUAACCUUGAAGAACUGAUAUUUUGAGUUUACAUUAGUGCUAUAAAACAUGGCCUGUUAUGCACUAAUGGAGGCAUUUGAACAUAUAGAUUCUUAUUUGAUCGGUUUCUAGCAUUGACUUCCAAUACAGGGUACGCUACAAUUGUGCCCAGCAUUUUUGGACAUCUUAAACAGUAUUUUUGAUGCAAAAAUUUAACUUCUGUCAUGAUUUAGGAGGUAAAUAUAGCCUAGCCAUCGUCUAUUUAGUACAUUGUGCCUUGAAGUGGACUACAUAGGAUUUCUCAUGCAAAAAAUACAAACCUUAAAAUGUCUGUUGACAUUCAGAGGUACAUCUAGCCUAGUCAUUGUGUAUGCAUCUAUUUUCUCACUCAUUUGUAAUUUAAAAGGCAUGAAUUGGUUCAAUGAACACAUUUAAACCACAAAAGCAAAGCCUCUGCAAAAAUCACAAACGCAAAACAUGUCCGUCUUGUAUAUUAUUGUUUUAGUGUAACAUUGUGCUCUGCAUUCAUAUGUCCAUGGAUGAUUUCACUCUGGUCCUUUAGACUGAGUGCUGUUUUGAAACCAUUUGUAUAUAGAAACUGUGAGUGAGUGUUUUUGUAAUGCAAAGUAUGGUUGUGUUGUGUACUUACAGAAUUUUCCAAUAAAUUAUGUA